CGCCGACAUCCGCAGUUUCCCUCUGUAAUUCGAACCCACAAGCGAAGGAUGUUGUCCACGAUUGCCCGCCGCGCGACGCUGCGCACCGCUGGUGCCCGAUCCAUGGCUGCGAAGGCUGGUGCCUUUAACUGGCAAGAUCCGUUCGACCUUAACGGUGCCCUCACGGACGAAGAACGCAUGAUUCGGGACUCAGCACAAGCGUAUUGCCAACAAGAACUCCUCCCACGCAUCGUCAAGGCCAAUCGCAAUGCCACGUUUGACAAGAACAUCAUGAAGGAAAUGGGUGAAUUGGGGUUGCUGGGACCCACGAUCAAGGGCUACGACUGUGCCGGCGUCGGCUACGUGUCGUACGGUCUAAUUGCCAACGCAGUGGAGCGCGUCGACAGUGCCUACCGCUCGGCCAUGAGCGUGCAAUCGUCGUUGGUGAUGUGGCCCAUCUACAAAUUUGGUUCGGAAGAGCAAAAGCAAAAGUACAUUCCUCAACUGGCGUCGGGCAAUCUGAUCGGCUGCUUUGGAUUGACGGAACCCAACCACGGCUCGGACCCGAGCUCAAUGGAGACUCGCGCUCGGCUCGACGGCGACCACUUCGUCUUGAACGGCGCCAAGAACUGGAUCACCAACGCCCCCAUCGCCGACGUGUUUAUCAUUUGGGCCAAGGACGACCAUGGAGAUAUUCGGGGGUUUAUCCUGGAAAAGGACAUGCCUGGUCUGUCGACAUCGUACAUUGAAGGCAAAGCGACGUUGAUGGCCUCUGCCACUGGCAUGAUUGCCAUGGAAGACGUCAAAGUGCCCAAGGCCAACAUGCUUCCCAACGUUAAGGGCCUCAAGGGGCCGUUUACGUGCUUGAACAGUGCUCGUUACGGCAUUGCGUGGGGGGCUUUGGGCGCUGCUUAUUCAUGCUUGGACAUUGCGCGCCAAUACACGCUGGACCGCAGCCAAUUCGGCGCCCCCUUGGCCGCGAACCAAUUGAUUCAAAAGAAGCUCGCGGACAUGGUCACGGAAAUCAACCUCGGCCUCUUUGCGUGUUUGCAAGUGGGUCGACUGCAGGACCAAGGCCCCGUCGCGCCAGAAAUCAUCUCGGUCGUCAAGCGCAACUCGUGCGGCAAAGCGCUCGACAUUGCCCGCACUGCGCGCGACAUGCUGGGUGGAAACGGUGUCUCAGACGAGUACCACAUCGUCCGCCAUUCCAUGAACUUGGAGGCAGUCAACACUUAUGAAGGCACGCACGACGUCCACGCGCUCAUCAUCGGACGCGCCGUCACCGGCAUCCCUGCCUUCGUCCCGCGCAUGGCUCCCUAGUCGAUCCCGUCCACAGGCUCGUAUCCGACCAGGUGAAGCGAACGACUGCCACCAGUCAAAGUUGCUCGAAAUCCUAGAUUCCAUAUAUUCAUUCCAUGGCUUGCGUUGUUUACACUAGUAGUACGUAUGCUGUGGAGACACUGAUAGGCGCCGAC